AUGAUUUGGUCAAUAUUUUUUAUGACCAUUACUGCUUUGACAAAUACAAGAGUAAUGUCAACAGAAACGAAAUAUUCAAAAAUAAAAAUGAAUUUAUUUGAUCCUAUUCUUUCAUCCCCUUCUUAUAUUGGUCAUAUCAAAGAAAAUGAACGUGUUGUUCAAAUUGAACCACAUUUAUAUGCAUCCGAUACUGAUCCAUCGAAUACUUUAAAUGGUAAAAUUUGCGGUUAUGAAUUAUCAUGGCAUAAACAUGAUGAUAUUUCUAAUGACAUAACACAAAGCAUUCCAUUUACUAUUGAUUUUGUUAAUAAUCAACCUGUUCUUACACUAAAAUCAAAUAUUGAUACACUCGAUUGUGAAAUAAAACAAACGUAUCGUAUGUAUAUACAUGCGUACGAUUGUGCACCUUUAGACAAACGUCGUUAUUCUGAAAGGUCGUCAUUAAUAAUUACUAUUGAUGAUAUUAAUGAAUACGCACCGAUGUUUACACAUAGUCAUUAUCUAUUCAAAUUACAUGAAAAUCAAACUUGCGAUUCUUCAUCAUGUCGUGUCGAAGCAACUGAUGAUGAUUGUGCUAAUCAAGAUCAUCGUGUAUGUGGAUAUGAAAUAAUAACACCAAAAGUACCUUUUUCUAUUGAUUCAAAUGGCGUAAUAUCAAUAACAACAACAACAUUAAAUAAUGAUCAAUAUGAAUUUGAUGUUAUUGCUAUUGAUUGUUAUCCAACAAAUGAUAAUUCAAGAAUGAUUAGUGAACCAGCUCGAGUUACCUUUAAAAUCAUUAAAUCAUGCAAACCAGUUAUUACUGAUACGGCACCAUCAAAAUUAAUUAUUCAAUCGGAUCGUAUUCAUCUAUUUGAUACUGUCGAUAUUGAUACAUGUGAUGAAACAUGUAAUGUUCAAGAUAUUGUUGGCACAGUUGAACUUGAUACAAAUGGAUUAGAUAGUGGUUGUAAUCAUGAUCAAUGUUCCACAAUUGACCGUGAAUAUAUUUUAUUAGCAAAAAGUGAUAAUUCAAAUGGAAUUCCUCCAUCAACAUUCAUACCAUUUAAUGGUCAUGAUCAAGCAAUAAUUGUUAAUCAAUCAGAAUUUUCUGGUCAUUUCAAUGAUGAAUUUAUUAUUCGUAUGUUGAUGAAACAUACAAAUGAUAAUAAAAAUACUAAAGAUAAACAACAUAUAUUCUGUAAAAGUGAUAAAAAAUUAAAAAAUCGUCAUCAUACAGCUCUAUUUAUUCAAAAUAAUUAUAUAAAAUUAUUAUUACGUAAAGGACCAUUAUCAUUAAAUUUUAAUACAACAUAUGAAUCUGAAUGGAUGUGGAAAAUUUCACAAAUAAAUGAUAAUCAAUGGCAUUCAUAUAAAUUUAUUGUUAAUUAUCCAAAUAAAAUUGAUUUAUAUAUUGAUGAAAAUUUAAUUGUACCAACUAAUGAUAAUUUUCGAAUUAUCAAAGAUAUUCCAUUAUCAAUUAUUAAAGGAACUGAUGAUACAAUAUUUGCAUUAGGAGCUUGUUGGCAUGCACGAGCAUCUCGUUUGGUUCAACAUUUUCAUGGUCAAUUAUCUGGUCUUACAAUUGAACAAAAAGAAGAAUUACAACGAUCAUCUAAUUGUAUUCGAGAAUGUCAUCAAUAUCUUGAUAUUUCUGAUGUUCAAUCACAAUCGAAUGUUGAAUUUGUUAGUAAUUCUAAUCGAUCAGUAUGGAUAUUACGUACAGAUACAACUGAAUCAUAUAAAGAAUUAUUAAAACAUGUUAUUUAUCGUAACACAUUUGAACCAAUUGGUCCAUAUGGUCAACAAAAAAUAACAAUUAAUACACGACUUAAAUGUUUAGAAGGAAUGAAUACAUAUGAUUUACCAACAUUUACACGUUAUAUAUCAAUUGAUGAAGCAAAACUUCCAGUUAAAAUUGAACUUAAAGGUGAUACAAAUUAUUUAGUACCAGAAGAUGUUAUUAAUCAUGGUAUUUAUCUAUUUCGUACUUUAUCAAUUUAUACAAAUGCAAUGAAAAAACAUCAACGUGAUAUUAGUGAUUGUAUUUUAAAAACAGAACCAUCUUUAUCAAAUACUGAACAAUUAAUUAUACCACAAGUUUCUAAUUUAGACAAACAAGUUACAAAAGAUGGUGUCAUGUUUUCAGGUAUUGAAUCCAUUGAUGCUUAUCAACAGUUAUUUCGACAAAUUGCAUAUGUAUCACAAACACCAGUCACAUAUGUUGAUCGACAAUUUAUACUUUCAUGUGUUGGUGUAGAUGAUGACGUAGUUACAAAUGAAAUUCGUGUUCGAGUUCGUAUAGAAAAACAGAUGGCUCCAUCAGCUCCAGUUGCUGCCGUUUUAUCGAAUAAAUUAGUUGUAGAUAAUGAUGAAACGAGAGAUAAUAUAUUCGAUGUUAGUGAUGGAACAUUUCGAAUUAAACGAAAUAUGUCAGGUAAUAAAAUUAGAUUCGUUAUUAGUCUUUUUUUUUUAUGGAUUAGAAAUAGAGUUAUUUACAGCUUCUACGUAGUUGGCAAUAUACUAUCUGAAAAAAAAAACGUAGAUAGAUAAAUCCUUCUCAUCAGGAUAUAUCUGUCUACAUGUUUUCUUGAUGAUGUUGUCAUUCGCUAGCAACUGUAGGACGAACAAAAUAGUAGAAAAGGUGAUGAUUUUAUCGUCUGAUGUAUAGCUAGUGGUAUGCCAUCAACUUAUACUUUUUAGAGGCUAAUAUAUAUGAUUUCUGUUGUGUUUAUGUUUAUGCUUAUAUAUGGUUGACGUUGAAGGGCACAUAACUUCUAGUCAAACAAAUUAAUAAGAGAUAUCGAAGAAAAAAAGAGUCGAGGAAAUACAGACGAUAAGUUGCUAUUUUUUUUAUGUUAAUAAUAAUGAAAUUGUUGUAUAUUUGUCAUCAUACAGUUCACAAUAGUGAUCAUUUUCUUUUUUUUUUGUUUCUUGUAUAUAGUAAAAAAAAAAAGAGGGAGAGAGAACGACAAGACUGAUUGAACGCAAGCAGAUGUGAUUGCUCACACAUACUUCUGUUAAACGAAACAGGCAAAAUCUAGACUAGACAUUGAAUCAACAACGAGAUUAUUAGAUGAAUCAUUCAGAUUGUUCUUCAUAUAUUAUCGCCAUCGUACAAGAAUCAAAAAAAGAAGAAGAAGAAGAAGAAGAAGAAACAGGAAGAGUUUUUUCUCUGCUGCGUUUUUUUUU